AUGCCUUCAAAAUGGCAGCGUCUUCGCCUGUCCCAGCAGGGAUUACCUCCUUUGCUCUUCCAGUAUACCUGGACCCGACAAGGCUAUGAGAUCCACAUAACAGACCUCACCUAUAUUUGGUCAGAGCGGCUGCCCCAUAAAGCUAUCACCAAGAGAGCAGAGGAAAAUGCCACAACGAUCGACCCUGGAGAGGACCCAGAACAACUCAAUGUGCUCCUGGAGAAAAUUGGAGAAGCUUUACAAGAGGGCAAUGAAAGCGCACUCCUAAGUAGUGGAACACAACCCGACUCCCUUGAAAUCACGACAACAACCAAGCUCCCCUCCCCGUUGAAGCCUCUUAAGUGGUCUUUGAAGUUAUCAAAGGAACCCAUGUCGUCCCUGACCAUUAAUCUAUUGCUUCCGUUGCUGAGGGAGGAAGCGGAGUGGGAGUCCCGCCAACGUUUGCUCUUGAGCCAAAUCAAACAGAAAGACUACGUACUUAGCAAGUUGUUUGACAAAGUUGAAAUACUUGGCGUGGACCUAGGGUCUGUGUUUCCUAGCGCUGCAGGAUCUCGCACGUCUCGGAAGGCUCUUACGCGGUCCGAGGCUGCUAAAUUUAUCAAGGGUAUUGCGCCGUUCGAGGAACAGACCUGGCUUGCUGAGACAGGAAUAUCACAUGAGGGGGGAUUGGCCACCAAUUUACUACAGGAAAUAUCGGGACCCGGUGAUUCUCAUGAUUUAGAUACCUUCACCCAAGCACAAGGUGACUGGUGGCAUCACAUUGCGAGGUUCUCUGAGAUCAGCGCCAGAGAAGCCUCUCCCAUCAAAGAGGAAUUUCCCAACGACAAAGAUAAGAAAAAGCUGACUGAGACCACGCACAUCGAUGCAGGAGGGGACUCAACUGCAAGCAGCGAGGUCGAUGAGUUUCAGCGACAAGAAACGCCUCCCAGACUAAAACCUCAAUAUGGCAAAGGCAAAACAUUAUCACCCAACCAAAACCCCAGAAAGACGAGUCCUGUUCCACCAAUAUUGCCUUCAGAGGAAGACGAAGCCACAGCAUCAGACUCUGACUCCGAGCCUGAACCAGCACCGCGUCAAAGACGCAUUCCCAGCUUUUCAAAGUCGCUAGAGCCCACCGCACCGCAGCCAAAAGCUCGAGAGGCACCGAAAGUACCAAAAGGUGGACUGGGUAAAAUUGGCGGCAAGAACAAGAAGGAAACAGAGCGCCGGCCCUCGCCAUCUUCCUCACCCUCUCCCGCCGCUUCUCCUCCGGCGCAAGUUCGAGAGGCACCGAAAAGGCUGAAAGGCGGAUUGGGUAUGAUAGGUGGCAAGAAAAAGCAAGCAAAGGAGCCUGAGCCUUCGCCAGCGCCUUCCCCUCCAGCACAAACCCGCGAGUCUCCAAAACCCCAGGAACCUACAAAGUCACCAGAAGAGGAAGAAGGGACUAGCAAAGAUCAUCCUCUCCCCAUAUCGCCGACACAGAUACCAACAGUCAAAGCUAAACAUACUGGGAAAAUUGGCAUGAUAGGCGGCAAGGCUAAAGCCAAAGCCUCCGAACCAGCUCGUGACAAGUCUCCGCUACCUACAUCUGACACGGUGGCCAUGUCACCCAAAAAAGCCACACCUGCUAAACCGAAGGCUGACCAACUUGCAACUAAAAAGGAGGAGUCUCCAUUGCCCACGCCAGCAGCGGAGAAGGUUCCUUCGGCUCCACCUGCAGAGCCGGAGACUGAAGACCAGCGGGCUGACCGGAAGCGCGAGGAACUGAAGAGGUCGCUCGAGGCUAAGGGCAAAGCUCCUGCAAAGAAGAAGCGGAGGUUCUAG